AUGAUCUCUUGCUCAUCAUCCUCCUUCGAAGCAUCCAAAAACCCCUGCCUAUUCACACUUGCAACCAUCCUCGUACUCACCUUAUUCAUCAUCCGAAAGCAGAGGACCAAAACCGCCGCUUUGAACUUGCCGCCGGGCCCAUGGAAGCUUCCCAUCAUAGGAAACAUCCACCAGAUGGUCGGCGACCAACCCCACCGGCGACUGAGGGACCUGGCCGGCAAAUAUGGCCCCGACGUGAUGAGCCUUCAGCUCGGGGAGCUCUCGCACAUCGUGAUCUCAACCCCUGAAGCCGCCAAACUGGUAAUGAAAACCCACGACUUGGCUUUUGCUUCCAGGCCUUCUCUCCUCGCCCCAGACAUAAUCUACGAUGGUUCCAAGGACAUAGCUUUCGCGCCCUAUGGAGAGUACUGGAGACAGAUGCGCAAGGUCUGCACUCUGGAGCUCCUCAGCGCCAAAAGAGUUCAAUCUUUCCGUCACAUCAGGGAAGAAGAGGUCUCCAAUCUCGUGGCCUCUCUGACUCGUUCUGCAGAUGCAGGGGAGCCUGUGGAUCUCACUCAGCUGCUGUUUAAUCUAACGAGAACCAUAAUCUCCAGGGCUGCGUUUGGGAAAGUACAGGAGCUAAACGAUGCUUUCCAAAUUGUUCUCGACAACAUGUCGGAUGUUAUUGCGGGUUUCAGAGUCUCUGAUUUUUAUCCUUCCCUCAAAUUUCUCCCUACCCUCACCGGCUACAGAGCAAAACUACAUAAGAUGCAUAAAGCAGCGGAUUCGAUAUUUGAGCAAGUUAUUGGUGAACACAAAUCAAGAAGAAGGGCGGGAAGAAAAGAUGAUGGCGAAAAAGAGGAUCUCGUCGAUGUCCUUCUGAAUCUGCAAGAAAAACAGGACCUUGGAAUACCCAUUACAAUGGAAAUCAUAAAAGCGGUGACUUUGGAAUUGUUCUUAGCUGGAAUCGACACAUCGUUGACGACACUAGAAUGGACAAUGUCGGAGAUGAUAAAGAAUCCGAGAGUGUUUCAAAAGGCACAAGAAGAGGCGAGACAGGUGUUAGGUGAGCGAGGAAAAGAUGUUGAUGAAACACACCUUCAUCAAUUGAAGUACUUGGACAUGGUUAUCUCGGAAGGUUUAAGGUUACACCCUCCAAUUCCUUUACUUAUUCCCAGGCAAAGUAGAGAGAAGGUGGAGCUCGAUGGAUAUGAUGUCCCAAUCAACACCAAAGUCAUUGUGAAUGCUUGGGCGAUCAAUCGGGAUCCCUGUCAUUGGGUCGAGCCUGAUAAAUUUUAUCCUGAGAGAUUCUUGGAUGGCUCAAUUGACUACAAGGGAAACGAUUUCCAGUUCGUUACAUUCGGUGCUGGAAGAAGGGUAUGUCCUGGGAUUUCUUUUGGAAUGGCGGUUGUUAAACUGACGCUGGCAAAUAUGCUCUAUCACUUUCAAUGGGAACUUCCAUUCGAAAUGAAACAAAAAGGCAUUGAUAUGACUGAAAGUUUCGGAACAUCACUGAAAAGAAAGAAUGCUCUUCGUCUAAUUCCAAUUUCGUAUGAUGGCAGGGCCUAAAUAAAAGGCAAAAUGUACAACUGAAAGUGAAGAUUCUC